GCCAUUGUGUUGACCCUUUUGUUUGCUAACCCAACGACUGUGACGAGCUUCUUUUUUUUCUUCCCCCGACAUAAUUCUCCGCGGCAGCAAAGUGAAACAUGUCCACAGACAUGCCGCCGGGCAGCCUGAACCUGGAGGCCCAGCUCCUGUCCAUAAUGGACGUGCUGGUGAAAGCGGCGGUGGUGGAAAUCAGUCAGCUGUUCUCGGAGGGCUCGGGGUCUCUGCGCCUGCAUCUCACGCAGAGCCUGAAGGAAAACGAAGCCCUGAGGAUGAGGAUGAAGGUGACAAGGAGCGAGCUCUUCUCCCUCAGGCUGCAGACCAGGACCAACCGGCCGGUGAGCCGCUUCUCCCCGUUCAGAGGAAAUGCCCCCAAACCACGGGCCAAAACACAAGUUGUCAUUAAGCCCCCACUGGCUCUAAAGACUGUUGUGGAAGCUGCUUCUAUCUCUUUACAAUCAGAGAACAAGAUGUCCCCCUCUGAAACUCAAGUGGAGUGUGCAGAUGUGGAGAGCCCAGAUAUCAUCCUGAUCAAAGAUGAAGAGGACGUGGGAGGAUGUGGGCCGGUUGGAGGUCAGGACGACUUUGGAAACCACAGCAUGAAGGGUGGUGUUUCCACAGGGACUCGGAAUGAGUCCUGCCUGACAAGUAAUAAUGAAGAGCUGAGAAUCGUGAGUGUUCACGGACGAGGGGAAGGGCCUCUCCUGGUGGAGAGCGACUCCCUCUUCACUGUCUCUGAACUCCAGGCUUUUACCUCUCUGUCUCCUGACCACAACGUCUCCCAUGACAGCCUCCUGAAUUUCACAACGGGUGCCAAUGACAGAGCCCCAACGAGGGGGGUGCCGGAGAACCGAAACUGCCAACUCGAGCGAAAUCCGUCCGCCCAAAUGGCUUCAACAACAAUGAAUCCUGCAAUGAAUACACAAAUGGUAGGAGAUGAUGGCCAAGUGGGGCACCCCAGUCAUGUCAGCCAGUUCGCCCAGCAGCAGAACAUCUUCCCUCACGGCGUCAGCAAAUCUCUGGACUGCAGCUUCUGUGGCGAGCGCUUCCUCAGCCGAGAAGACCUGAUCGUGCACAGGGCGAGUCACACCGGGGAGUUGCCCGUUCUUUGCACCUUUUGCGGCAAGUCAUUCGUCAACAAGACCACGCUGGGCAUCCACAUGCGCAUUCACACGGGGGAGAAGCCGUACGCUUGUACGCAAUGUGGGAAACGCUUCACGCAGAACGGCAGCCUGAAGAUCCACCUGCGGACUCACUCUGGAGAGAAGCCAUACACCUGCAAUCAGUGCGUAGCCAGCUUCAACAACCCCAGCAAUCUGCGCAGGCACAUGAUCACACACAACACUAACGGAGUGCUCUGACCAUGAAAGAUGCAGCGAUAUAAAGAAUAAACAUGGAAUUUCAUAUUUUACUGACA